AUGGCCGGCCCGCAGCAGGCCCCGCACCUCCACCUGGCCGAGCUCACCGCCUCCCAGUUCCUCGACAUCUGGCGGCACUUCGACGCGGACGGAAAUGGCUACAUUGAAGGUAAAGAGCUGGAAAAUUUCUUCCAGGAGCUGGAAAGUGCAAGAAAGGGGGCGGGUGUGGACUCAAAGAAGGACAAUUUGGGUGACAAGAUGAAGGAGUUCAUGCACAAAUACGACAAAAAUGCGGAUGGCAAAAUUGAGAUGGCAGAGCUGGCCCAGAUCCUGCCUACGGAGGAGAAUUUUCUGCUGUGUUUCCGCCAGCAUGUGGGCUCCAGUUCAGAGUUCAUGGAGGCUUGGCGCAGGUAUGACACGGAUCGCAGUGGCUACAUUGAAGCCAACGAGCUCAAGGGCUUCUUGUCAGACCUGCUGAAGAAGGCGAACCGGCCCUACGACGAGCCCAAGCUGCAGGAGUACACACAGACCAUUCUGCGGAUGUUCGACAUGAACGGUGAUGGGAAGCUGGGCCUCUCUGAGAUGUCCCGACUUUUGCCUGUGCAAGAAAACUUUCUUCUGAAGUUUCAGGGAAUGAAGUUGUCCUCAGAUGAGUUCAAUGCCAUCUUUGCCUUCUACGACAAGGAUGGAAAUGGCUUCAUUGAUGAGAAUGAGCUGGAUGCACUUUUGAAAGACCUGUAUGAGAAGAAUAAGAAAGAGAUGAACAUCCAGCAGCUCACCAACUACAGGAAGAGCAUCAUGAACCUCUCCGACGGGGGCAAACUCUACCGCAAGGAACUGGAGAUGGUGCUCUGCAAUGAGCCCCCCGUGUAG